AUGGCGACAAACAUUGUUUUCCACCCGGGCUCCGUGGACGGCACCGAACGUUCAGAGCUGCUCAAGCAGAAAGGUGUCACAGUCUGGUUAACGGGCCUCAGUGCCAGUGGCAAGUCGACAAUCGCGUGCGCACUUGAGCAGCAUCUGCUCCAUAUCCACAAAUUCAGCUAUCGCCUGGACGGCGAUAACAUCCGGUUCGGUCUUAACAAGGAUCUUGGCUUCGAUGAGAAGUCGCGUAAUGAAAAUAUCCGACGCAUCGGGGAGGUCUCGAAGCUGUUUGCCGACGCAUCCUGCGUUACUGUGACCGCAUUCAUCUCUCCCUACCGCGCAGACCGCGCCAUCGCCCGUGACAUACAUGCGAAGGCAGGCCUCGGGUUCGUCGAGGUUUUCAUCGACGCCCCACUGCACGUGCUAGAACAGCGUGAUCCCAAAGGGCUCUACAAGAAAGCCAGGGCCGGUGAAAUCAAAGAGUUCACGGGCAUCUCGGCUCCGUACGAAGCCCCAGAAAUACCGGAGAUCCACAUCAAGACGGACGAAUGCGACGUCAAGGAGGCCGUGCGCAUAAUUACAGAUUAUCUUGCCCAACACAGCUACAUCUAG